AUGGCUAUUUUCAGAAAGCUAGUACUUUGGGGGGCUCUAUUGCUUUCGGUAUACCCCAUUGAUGCUCAUAAGACGAUACUUGAAAGACCUAAGCUUCAAUGGGGACCCAAGACGCCAGGGCGACCGUUCCCACACUCACCUCAUCGCCACAAGACAUGCCAUGUCCCCAGCUCUUCUCAUUCUAACAAUCAUAAAGAUAUCGACAGUGCUCCUGAGAUCUUCAAAGCCUUCAAACAAUGUAAUAGAGGUGGUCGCGUGGUUUUGGAUGGCACUUACACCAUUGCCUCUCCCUUGGAUCUCACAUUCCUGGAGGCUGUAGAUGUUGUCCUCACUGGCACCAUAAAAUUCUCCGACAACAUUGACUAUUGGGUGCAGAACUCAUUCAAAUAUGCCUUUCAGAAUUCAUCUGCGUUUUGGCGUUUUGGAGGAAAAGACGUCAACAUCUACGGAGGGGGACACGGGUUACUCGACGGAAAUGGCCAGGCUUGGUAUGAUGCAUUUGCGACUAACCCUACUCUUUUGCGACCCAUUUUGUUUGUUCUAGACGGACUGAAUGCUGGUUCUGUUACGGGCCUCAAAAUGCGAAACUCCCCUGAUUGGUUUAACCUCGUCGCUAAUAGCACUGACAUCCUUGUCAGCGAUAUUGAUAUUGCAGUCCGCAGCGAGAGCAGCAAUCCGGCCAAGAAUGGUGACGGAUGGGAUACCUUUAGAAGUAAUCGCGUCGUCAUACAAAACUCCCAUGUUAACAACAGUGACGACUGCGUGUCGUUCAAGCCCAACAGCACCAACAUCAUUGUUCAAGGCUUGCAGUGCAAUGGCUCACACGGCAUCUCAGUCGGCUCCCUCGGUCAAUAUCCCGCGGAAUACGACAUAGUUGAGAACGUAUACGUAUACAACAUCUCAAUGUCCAAUGCCAGCGACGGCGCCCGUAUCAAGGUAUGGCCCGGUACAGAUACUCCAUUCCAGCCUGGUCUGUCUGGAGGAGGAGGAGCGGGAUACGUGAAAAACAUCACGUACGACACCUUUUACAACGACAACAACGAUUGGGCUAUCGAGAUCAACCAGUGCUAUGGCCAAAGCAACCAGACGAUUUGCGACAAGUAUCCUUCCAACGUGACCAUCAGCGAUGUCUUGUUUAAAAACAUGUGGGGAACAACGUCGUCCAAAUAUGAUCCCGACGUGGGAACUCUGACAUGCUCAUCUCCAGAAAAAUGUGUAAACAUUGCAGCCCAAAACAUCUCGGUAGCCAAUCCCAGCGGCAACACGCCUCAGUGGAUCUGUACCAACAUGGACGACGGCCUUUUGGAUAUAAACUGUGUCUCAGCUAGCUCUUAA